UCGUCGCGGUUGCACGCGAACUGUCAACACUAUCAACAGAUAGAAUAGUGCAGACGCGGUUUUUUAGUGUUGUGUUUUAAAUAAAAGUUUCCGAUUUUGUGGGUGUUGUGAGGGCAAACAAGAUUCUUUUUUAUUUAAAGAUCCAGAUAAUGUCCUGUGCCCAUUAAGAACACCAGAAAAAAAUGGCGACCGCCGGCGCUGUUCUCCUCGAGGCUCGGCCUUUCAGGCCCUUCAAGUCCUCUGAGGAGUACUUAUAUGCAAUGAAAGAAGACUUGGCAGAAUGGCUGACGGUACUUUACCCUGAACUGCGUAUCAAUGCUGAUAAUUUCUUGGACAGACUGGACACAGGCGUCGCUUUAUGCAGGCACGCGAACGCUGUCCGUGAAUCAGCAAGACUCAUCCUAGACUCGCCAGUUCCAGAAUCAGAAGAUGCUCUGAUUCUUGCGAAAGCACUGCGUACCCGGCCACCGGUCAACAUGCUCCCUGCUGCUAAAGCUGGCACAUUCUUCGCCAGAGAUAAUUUAUCCAACUUUAUCGACUGGUGCCGUAAAGCAUUGGACAUCCUGGAAUGUCUCUUAUUUGAAACAGACGAUUUAUGUCUUAGAAAGAAUGAGAAGCACGUUGUGUUGUGUCUUCUAGAAGUAGCUAGAAAGGGAGCAGUUCUAGGAAUGCCCGCUCCAUUACUCGUUCAAAUGGAGAAGCAAAUCGAGAGGGAAUUAGCCGGUGAAGAGUUGAGACCAGAUGAUUCAGCACUGGGCUUAGUGCCGUCAGGACCUCAGCCGCAGUUGGUCACAAAUGAUUUAAGAAGUUUGGAUGAGCGUGUCAGAGAUUUGGUAGAGAGAUGUUCCUGUCCUACCCAAUUUCCGAUGGUGCGGGUUUCGGAGGGAAAAUACAGGAUUGGAGACACUAGAAUGCUGAUCUUCGUCAGAAUUCUCCGGUCUCACGUUAUGGUACGCGUUGGAGGCGGCUGGGACACUCUAGCACAUUAUCUGGACAAACAUGAUCCCUGUCGCUGCAAGGCUCAACAUCGGACAUCCCUCUCUGCUCGCUUAGCUCGCCCGAAACACGACCUCGCUGGAGCCACAGUCACAUACGAACGACCAGACCCUGGACCUACCUCGCUCCCAUAUAAAGACUACAAAGAAAAUAAGAACUACGAGCCAAUGUCUUUACCAUAUACAGCUAAAGUGUACAAUGAUGAACCAAAAUCCAAUCCAAAAUUAGAUGCUCCCACAAGUCUUCCAUACUUAGGAGAUAUGGACAGAGCCUUAUCUCCAAGCAGGAAGCAUCUUACAACAAGAAAUAAUAGCCCUGGCAGACAUUCGUCAUCGCCAGACCGCAGGACAAAAAUUGUUGCAUCAAACCACUUAGUACCAACCCCUCAUGCCGUCAGGAAUAAGAGUCCAAGACCGGUAUCUCCAGCACCAGCCGCCGAGAGUGCUUCAGAUAAUGGAUCAGAGGUUUCCGAUGAGGGUUAUAGAAGCUUGGGAGUGGUGGCAGGUUCCACGCAAGGGUCGCCAUCUACGAAAACAACGAAUAGAUAUUCGCUGCACAGUCAAAACUCCAUGGACGACGCUGAUUUUAGUGAGCGUCUCGACCACGACGACGGCUGUCACGUAGAUAAAAGCGAUCGCGUUGACGACUAUGUGAGCUUGAACACAGGACUUCGCAAAACAGACUUCUCAGACACAUUCUACGGCGGUAGGAAGAACAGCUCAGAGGAUAAGUCUAAUCGUACGAGUCCAGAAUGCAUCAUAGUACAUGAAAAUAAUGAUUCGCCCAGCAAAAGCCUUAGACCGACUCGAGAUGCAUCGCAGUCACCGGUCAAAACCAUUAGGAGCAGACAGGCAAGCCGCAUUCCACACUCUCCAGUCAGAAAUAGAACCCCAAGUAGAGGAAAUACUCCGAGCCCUAAACACACACCCAAUCUACAAUCAUCACCAAAGUUGGCGCCAAAAUUACCGCCAACAGCGCGCAACACUUGGGGAGGCAGGACUGCUCCUAAUCAAACAAAAACUAAAUCAAGGCCGACUAUUGGAGCCGAUACAUUUGAAAAUCCGAAUAAAUCACCUAAGGUUAAGCCAAAAGUUCAAAAUGAGGCGUUUAAAAGAAAUUCGCCGCUUAGAGCUAGUAGUGCUACCUUGAGAUCCCCAACUCAUCAAAAGGCUUUAAGCCCCCUCUUGGAACAAAUUUUAAGAUCUACUGAGACCGCAAAGGAUGAUGCCACAGUUCUGGAAAAAAUGAAAGAGAUCAUUAGAACUUAUUCGAAAGGAGAAGAUUCUUUAUCAAGAACAAGCUCUAAAGACUCUGAUUAUGCUGACUUCACUUCUGCUUGGGUGAUGUCUGAUGGUAAAUUGGAGAGGUCGACAAGUACUAGGCAAUUGGCUGCGCCUAGAAAAGACCCUAGGAACGGGGCGUCUAGAAUACCAGCUCCAGUAUCUAUAGGCUGCCGGAGGUCUACAUCAACAUCUCAAUUCCAAUGACCUGGUGACUAAAUUCAGGAAUGAAAAGACUUAUAUGCACCAGAUUCCUGUUCGAAUCAAAUGUGAUCAAUCAAGCACGUGAGUUUUGUGAAUUCGGAUAAUGUUAGGAAAAGUGAAUGUAUGAAAUGUGAUCGCAAAGCUGGGCUUUAACGGCAUAUAUAUGUAGGCUAUCUGAGUAUUUACAAAUAGUAAAUACAAUAAUAUCUUUAUCAUAUCUUUAAUAGUAGAUCUUUUAAUGUGAAUGAAAAAUAAUAUCUAAUUUCAUUAAACGUAUUUUUUUGUCGAUUGCAGUUUUACUGUAAAGAAAAAUUAAUUGAGUAAAAUUAACAUUUUGUAGUUUCUCAUAUUUUGACAUAUAAUUACGAAAAUGAUUCAAGUAAAGACGUGAUUAUGAUAAACGUUGACAGCGUUUCAUUGAUAUAUCACAUAAAUUAAAAAAAUAACCUAUAAAUAUUUAAAAAAAAUAAAAUGUUUUUUUAUUGCUAGUUUACUACAACUGACAAAUAAAUUUGUCAAUUGGAAGGCUGUCAAAAGGAAAUCAUAAAGUUAGAUGGUGCUAAUUAUUAAUUGAAACUUUAUUUUAAGUUAUUUUAUUUAACUUACGAAACACGAAAGAAAAAAAAAUAAGUUAAGUUUACCUAAGAUGUUUAAUCUUUAAUAGUAUUAUUCAAUUUUUCAAUGUUACGUUACUUUAAAAUUAGUAGAUAUAUUUCUACAUUAUGACAAGUUAUAUUUUUAAGUUAUAUUUAAGUAUAUCUAACAAUGAUCCCGGCUUUCAAGAGUCAACUUACAAGCAUUUAAAAAUUCAAAAGACGUCAAUGUUUAUUGACUUUUGUUAUUUUCAGUAAUCUCAUUUUUAAAGUAGGAUGUAAAGGGUCUGAGCUUAUAAUUGCAAAUUUUGUUAAAAUUUAAAAUAAUAGAAAAAAAAAUAAGGUAAUUUAAAAAAAAAAACCGGCACAAUAAUAACGACAUCCGUUAUCGUACCUCACUUAGUUUAAAUGUAGAUUAAAAAUAUUUUUUCACAGUAUAUAAAUUUAAAUGACAUCUAAAUAAUAAAAUGGCCGUCCGUCAAAAUGACGUAUACCAUAGAGUCGUUACGUUCGUUGUAAAUAAAUAAUUUAAUGUUAAUUAAAUUAACGUUCAUAUCGACUCUGAUGUACAAAAAUAGAAUUAAAAAAAAGUACGGUGUCUAUAUUUAACGGUACAUUGUUUAUUAUUAGUAGAUUUUGUAGUAAUUAUAUCCAAAAUAGUUCAUACUGAAUUUAUAGAAAUUUAUUUCCAAACUCCUGAUACCUAUUGUAAUAGUUUUUACCAAAAAGGUUAAAUGUGUUUUAUAAUCUAUUGGCAUUUUGUGAGCAUCGGUUCUCUCUUUAGCUAUGAAUUGUACUGCUUACCUAAUCUGCACUUUAUAAUGCUCUGCCCAGUACCUAUACUUAAUAAAAAAAAUAUAGGUAGUCACCAAACAAUUUAUUCUUGAUAUUAUUUGACAUUGAUUUUUAUUGAUGAAUAUUAUUCCUUUAUCAAAUAAUAUUUGAAUCAAAUGUUUGGUGAAUAUAAGUCGCUCAUUUUAUAUAUUUCAAUAUAAACGUUUUUAGUUCAGAGGUAAUUUUCAAUAAUUAGAUUUAGUUAAGACAUCAUUUGCGGUAUUUUAUAUAAUAUUAUUUUGACAAUAAUAGUUAUUUUUUAGAAUUGAAUUUAAAUUAUGUAUCCAUGAUAUAUUACCUCUGAAAAAUAUCUAAAAAUAUUUAUAAGCUAGCUAUAAUGCAAUAUGUUUCUACUUAAAUGUCAUAAAAUUAUCAUAGAUAUUUAUUUAUAAGAAUUAUUUUAAGAUUACAUAUAAUUUUCUACAUUUUUUGUAUGUUCUAUUAUAAAAUAUGGUGAUCUUAUGACAGUUAAGAGCUCUUAGCUACUUUAGAGGCUAAGUUUAUUAGAAUACUGUUUCUUCUACGUAUGUUACCAGUGACUAUGCCAUAGAAAUCGUUAUAACACUCCGAAUAAAGCGUUAAGCAUUUAAUGGAUA